ACUCACACACGCAUGCACACUCACCGAACCCUCUCUGUAACUCACAUGUGUCAAACUCAAGGCCCGCGGGCCAGAUGUGGCCCGCCAGGUCAUUUUAUGUGGCCCGCGAGAGCUUAAAAGUUGAGUGUCUAAAAAUAAAUACCAAAAAAUAAAUUAAGAGCGUGCUUUGACCAAAAACUACAUUCCCACAAUGCCUUUCGACUACGCUAGCCACGGCAGUGUCCAUGCCAACGAGUGGAAUUGAGAUAUAAAUAAUGAUCCCAAAAUGUCCAGAAAGAGAAAAGUUGAUGCAGACGGAAGACUGUUUCAAGAAAGAUGGGAAGGCGAAUACUUGUUUGCGCUUCAAGGAGAAAGACCGGUAUGUCUUUUGUGUUACGAGGCGGUGUCGGUUGUCAAAGAGUACAAUCUGCGUCGACAUUUUGACACCAAACACGGAGCUAAGUACGCUAAAGCUAGCCUUCAAGAAAAGCAACAAAUUGCCCAAGAAUUAAAAGGCAAACUGCGGUCGCAGCAGAGUUUGUUCAUGAAAUCCACAGCCAAAAACGAGGCCGCGGUGAAAGCUAGCUUCAUUGUGGCUGAAGAAAUCGCCCACGCUUCCAAGUCUUUUUCAGAGGGAGCGUUUUUGAAGCAGUGCAUGCUGAAGGUCUGUGAGCAGGUGUGUCCCGACCAGUUACAGACUUUUAAAAAUGUCAGUUUAUCAAGAAACACCAUCGUCGACCGAGUGAAGGAACUAGCAGAAAAUCUUACAACACAGCUGGCCGAGGAGACACGCAGCUACACAGCUUUUUCAUUAGCUGUUGAUGAAAGCACAGAUAACACGGACACAGCGCAGUUAUCAAUUUUUAUUAGAGGCGUAAAGUCGGACCUCUCUAUCACUGAGGAGCUGUUGGAUGUGGCUGCAAUGCAUGGGACCACGACGGGACAGAACAUUUUUGAUGCGGUAGAGAAGUCCGUAAGUAAAAAUGCAUUGCAGUGGGAAAACUUGGUAGGAUUAACUACAGACGGUGCACCGGCAAUGUGUGGAGGAAAAGUGGGCUUGGUUGGACUAAUGAAGGGGAAAAUGCAAAAAAUGAACUGUCACACGCCUUUGAUAACGUAUCAUUGCAUUAUCCAUCAAGAAGCUUUGUGUGGGAAGGUGCUGGGGAUGGAGGACAUUGUGACCACAGUCAUGAAAACAGUGAACUUCAUUCGGGCGCGUGGCCUGAAUCACCGUCAGUUCCAGCAGUUUUUGCUGGAGAUGGGCUCGGAACACGGGGAUGUGCUGUACCAUACAGAAGUGCGGUGGCUGAGUAGGAGCAAAGUCCUCAAGCGAUUUUUCGAGCUCAGGAAAGACAUUGCUCUUUUUAUGCAGAGUAAAGGAAAACUCAUGUCUGAACUAUCAGAUCCAAAGUGGAUGUGUGACUUUGCUGUGUUGUGUGACAUAACCGACCAUCUCGCCCAGCUGAAUCAGAAGCUGCAGGGACGCAAACAAGUCAUCACGCAGAUGUCCGACACGAUCACGGCUUUCCAGCGUAAAUUGGACUUAUGGAUGUGGCAAGUGAAACAGGACAAUCUUGUUCACUUUCCUGUUUGUCAGAGCAUGUCAGCCUCAUUUCCCGAGACUUUUUCAUGUGCUCAGUUGGCUACCAAACUGAGCUGGUUAAAGACUGAGUUUGAUCGGCGCUUCUCUGACUUCAGAGCACAACAGUCUGGCUUUGACAUCUUUGCCAAUCCUUUCACCACCGAUGUCUGCACUGCACCCCAACACCUUCAGAUGGAGCUAAUUGAGCUUCAAAGCGACAGUGGCCUGAGAGCAAAGUUUCAGGAUGCUACAAUCCAGGACUUUUACCGUCUGCUGCCUCCUGGUUUGAUGCCACAGCUUCGACUUCAUGCUGCCCGUGUUCUGUCCAUGUUUGGGAGCACCUAUCUGUGCGAACAGUUUUUUUCCAUAAUGAAUCUGAACAAAAACAAGCACAGAUCACGCCUCACGGAUGACAACCUCCAUGCUGUUCUACGCAUUGCCUCAGCACAGGACCUAAAACCAGACAUUGACACACUGGUAACGGGAAAACGGUGUCAGACAUCUGGUCAGAAAACACACAGAACAUGAUCAAUCGAUAGUAGAGAGAGAAUCCACUUGGUGUGUUCAAGGACAGGCAGCAUCUCCUCAUCAAAGACUAACCGAAAAACUUGACCAAUAUAGUUGUGAACUGAGUCAACCUUUAUUUUGGUAUUUUUAGUUGAUUACAUAUUAUUUAUGUGUAGCUGCUGUAGUAAUUAUUUAAUGUUUGCAGGUUUAUGUGUGUAUGCAGACAAAUUGUUGUCAUCAAACCAUCAGUUGGGUGCACGGCUGUGUGCAGCCUUUUUUUGUAAAAUGCUACAUGUGUCAUACAUGUUCUUUGCAGCUAAGUUUUAUGUUAUUUUUCUUUAUUCACUUGGACAGUUUGAUCCUUCAUUAAUGGAGUUAUGUGGGUUUUCAUAAGCUGACAAAAUUUAAAAGGAUUUAUGUUAGAGCUACAAGCAAACAUAUAUUUUCUAUGCAACUGUAAUUGUCACUUGAAUAAGUUAUAAUAAAUAAUGAGUUAUUUAACAUUAA